AUGAUCCAGCCUGGCUUGGAACGGAUCAGUCUGCUUCUGAAGAAUGUCCACUUUCCGUGGAAAUCGAUACAUGUCGCUGGCACAAACGGCAAAGGAUCCAUUUGCCACUAUGCCUCGAGGCUCCUUUCCAAGCGACUCACAAUUGGCAAAUUCACAUCUCCACAUCUCAUAGACAGAUGGGACUGUAUAAGCAUCAACCAUAAGCCCGUGGAAGAGGCCCUCUUUCGCAAGAUCGAGAAGCACUAUCUGGACCUGAGUAUAAGAGAUGGCAUCAGUGCUUCAAAUUUCGAAAUAUUGACCGCCACUGCUUUCCACAUCUUCAACGAAGCCAAAAUUGACAUUGGCAUCGUUGAAGUGGGCAUGGGCGGAAAGCUCGACGCUACCAAUAUAUUGAACAACCAAGCGGUUUCAGUCAUUGCAAAGAUAGCGCGAGACCACGAAGGCUUUUUAGGUGAUACCCUAGAAGAGAUCGCACUCCACAAAGCUGGCAUCCUCAGGCCGGAUGUGCCCUACCUUGUCAAUCCUAAAAAUGAGGGAAACGUCAAAGAGGUCAUUGAGGAACAUGCUCGCAGCAUUGGGGCAGGACCUUGUUUGGAAUAUGACCCCCCGGGCUUUUCGAAGAUGCUGUUUGCGAACGAAGACCGGCCACCAAAACCGACCGAUCAACGAGAAAAUAUUGUCCUCGCAGCAAGGGCUACGAUGGCAGCAAUGGAGAGCCUCGGCAAAGAGAUGAAACCGUUUGUGAUGCAACAAACCUUGCACGGCGCAAGGAACAUUCCAUACCCAGGACGACUAGAGCCGGUUCGAGUACCGCCUAUCUUUGGUGGGCCAAGCACGGAUGGCACGACUGGAGUCAGUCAAAAAGGAGAGUUCAUCCUGGUAGAUGGAGCUCAUAACGCUGACGCUGCCACACUGCUGAGUGGCCACGUCGGACGGAAUCUGCGGGUAAGGAAGAAGGUUCCUGGUGUUCAAAGGCCACGCAGGGGAUGGCCUAUCACAUGGGUACUUGCAAUGACCGAUGGGAAAGAUGCACAUAAAUUCCUGAGAAACAUACUACACCGAGGAGACAACGUCGUCACUACAUCCUUUGGUCCGGUGGAUGGUAUGCCUUGGGUGAAACCAAUGCAUCCAAAACGACUCCUCGCCAUAGCAAAAUCGAUCGAGCCCACUAUCACAGGGCUAGCUGUGGAAGAAGGCGGGCCGCUCCGAGCGCUUUGUACAGCAAAAUACCUUCGAGAACCCGAAGGACCGAUCGUCCUGACAGGUAGUCUGUACCUUGUUGGUGACCUUCAUCGUGAUUUGCGGGCGAAUUAUGGAAAGGACUACUGGAACAGACCACAUUUUGAGGAGACCAGGAAGAAGUUUGCAGCGAUGCUAGAGGAGGAGAAGCACAGAGCCAACUGGCUGCUCGGCGGACCCAUCGACCCCUUUGAUCAACCUCUUGAUUUCAAUGUCAGAAAAGGCGAAGAAAGCGACGAGUGGAAAAGGCAGCAAGCAAACCGCGAAAAGCGGAGGGCCAUGCAAGAAGAGAUCGAGGCUCUUGACCGGGAGAUGGAGCUUCUCACAGCCGAAGAGCAGCGUCUCACAAAAGGGCGCACGUCGGCUACAAAUAACGACACACCGGCUACAGAUCAGCGAUCAAAUCCACCCCGUAUCCACAACCCAGCGAUCACUUUGUUAGAGGAAGGCGCACCCCUCCCCAGCAAAUACAAGACGAAGAGCCUUGAAAGCGGGGCGAAGAUCAGAUAUCACAAAACAGUGUCGUCGUCACUGGAUGAGGAAAAACGGGUGGAGCCUUCUCCUCCUAUAUAUAGGGCACCCCUCAAGGCCGAUGAAUACAGCCCGACCACCUUGGAUAAUGGCGGAAGGAUAAGAUUCCACAAAGUAGAUUCUGAGGGCUGCCCCCGCGGCGGUGGCGCCGGCAAGCAUCGUGACCCCGACAAGCCUACGCACGCCCGAUUCAACACCGCCGACAACAAGUCAAUACUGACUUACGGCAAGGGCUCCCGCGAGUGCCGCGUCUGCACCCACCCCGCUGGUCUGAUCCGCAAGUACGGCCUCAACAUCUGCCGUCAGUGCUUCCGCGAGAAGAGCUCCGACAUUGGCUUCGUCAAGCACCGAUAG